AUGGCAGAAGAAUUAAAACCUGUUAAAGACGAAGACCUAAAACAACUCAAAGAACGUAUGCAAUUAAUUGCUGAGGCAGAUCCAUCACAAUUCCAUAAUGAUUAUUCCUUGAAGAGAUACUUAAGGGCUUUCAAAACUGUGGAUAAUGCAUUUCAGGCUAUUUUAAAAAGUAACAAAUGGAGAGUUGAAUACGGUGUAGCCAAUUUGCAUGAAAACCAUGAAUUAAUUGAGAAAUAUUCUAAUCGAGCUAGAGUUCUUCGUCAUAGAGAUAUGAUUGGGAGACCAAUUGUGUACAUUCCUGCCAAAAACCACAGCUCCAGUGAUAGAAGUAUUGAUGAACUUACAAAGUUUAUUGUCUACUGCUUGGAAGAUGCAAGCAAGAAAUGUUUUGAGGAAGUUAUUGACAAUCUAUGUAUUGUUUUUGACCUUAAUAAUUUCACAUUAUCCUGCAUGGACUACCAAGUUUUAAAAAAUCUUAUCUGGCUACUCAGCCGGCAUUAUCCAGAAAGACUUGGAGUUUGCCUCAUUAUAAAUGCACCAACUUUUUUCUCUGGCUGCUGGGCCAUUAUAAAAGGAUGGCUGGAUGAAAAUACCGCAGGCAAAGUUACUUUUGUCAACUCGGAAAUGGAUCUUUGUCAGUAUUUGAUACCUGAUAUAUUACCAACGGAUAUGUAA